AUGGGAUCAUAUUCAUCCUGUUCUCAGCUGCAUUCCCAGUGCCUGGGACAGUCCCAGAUACAUAGCCCCACACGGAGCUCAGGACCCCCAAAGAGGCGGCGGCAGGAGCGCACGGUGUACACCAAAGAGCAACUGGACGUGCUCAAGGAAUACUUCCAGAAGAACGAGUACCCCGGCUACCAGGACCGCCUGCACCUGGCGACCAGGCUCAGCCUAGAGGAGCACAAGCUGCAGGUGUGGUUCAAGAACCGCCGGGCCCAACGCUCCCGGCUGCAGCGACUGGCCAAGGGCCGAAGCCAGAGCGCCCGCGCUGCUCCCUCGGACCCCGGCACCCCCGGCGCCCCGGGCCCCGCGCCGGCCCCUGUCGCCGCUGCCGCCGCCGCGGUCGCCGGCCCCGCAUUCCCAGACGGCCCGGGGUUCCGCAGGCCGCCUCCGCGCAGCCCCGCGGGGACGCUCCCCGCGCCCGAGCCCCGCGCCUCCAGCCGCGGCCGGGCCGCGUGGGCCCCGGCACAAGGCGCCCGGGCGCCCGUCCAGGCUGCUCCGGCCCCGGCCCCGGCCCCGGCCUGGCCUCUGGACCCCUUCGCCCCCAGCUAUGGUCCAGAUCCUUUUCCAAUUCCAGAUUUUACAGUGGUAUUCUCACCCCACGCCCCCUCCCCCGGAUGCCCCUCUCCCUUGAUGUCUGGGUCCCCAAAGAGAGAUGAGUCUGUGGAUGAGAACGACUUAGACCCCAAGCGGUUACUGAGUUUAUAG